UAUCUCCAUUAACUAGCCAUUAACUAGCUCUCAUAUAAUAAUAUUACAUAACUCCUUGAUCUUUGUUUCAUUUUGCUUAUUUUUUAAGAUGCUACUUAGAAGCUCCUCUGCACCAAUUCUAAGUUCAUUGUUACCCUAUAAUUCAAAAGAGUCCUCUCUUGAGCUAGAACAUACUCUUAAGCUUCCUAGAACAAUAUCAUUUUUAAGUCUAAGCCAAAAUUUAGCCAAGUUAGACCUUCAAAACUCAUCAAGUCCUAAAAAACCAUUUCUUGUGCCAUGUAGUAAUGUUCUAAGUACAAAUAUGAACGAAAAAAACAAAGUGAAAGAGGCUAAGAUGGUGCAAACUUCAGUGAUGGGUGGGGGUGUGAGAAGUAAUGGUGGAUGUAAAGGUGGUGGAAGAGGCUCAGAUGGUGGAAAUGGAAGAGGGUGGAAUUUUAAUGAUCAUGGUAGAGAUAGGUUAGAUGCUUAUUACCAAAACAUGAUCGAAGCACACCCUUGUGAUGCUCUUUUGCUUGGAAAUUAUGGAAAGUUUUUGAAGGAGGUUUGUGGAGAUUAUGCUAAAGCAGAAGAGUGUCUAGAAAGGGCUAUUUUGGCUAAUCCUGGUGAUGGUCAUGUUAUGUCCAUCUAUGCAGAUUUAAUAUGGGAAACAAAGAAGAAUGCUGCUCGAGCUCAACAAUAUUUUGAUCAAGCUAUACAAAGUGACCCUAAUGAUUGUUAUGUCCUAGCUUCAUAUGCCAAAUUCCUUUGGGAUGCUGAAAAUGAAGAAGAUAAAGACUAUCAAAUUAAAUCGGAUCACAUGCAUCUCUUUCAAGAAACUAAGCAUUGCCCUCCUUUAACUGCAGCCUCAUGAGACAAUCCAUAUUCGACAAAUGAAAAAUAUUUGAUGAGUAUCCAAUGAGAAUAGCUUAAAUCCUAUUAAGGAGAAAGCAACAUUUAGUGCCACUCUUGUAUAAAUAUUAACGCAUCUUUACAAAUAUAAAGAGCAUGCUAGACACAUCUAUUGUUUAUUUUGUUCUUUUGCUACCAUGUGGUCUAUGUAUAAAAAUCAUUUCUUAA